AUGCCCGAAACAUCGGCAGCUGAGAAGCUCAAAUGGGCCGAUCACCCACACAUUCACUCUCUGUCAGGCCUGAGGUUUCCAAAGAACGAAAAGUGGAAAGACCUGUUCCGUGGACGCAGCCUGGAGAUGUUUGGGAUUUUCUUCGACGAUUCUACUCCCGACACCCAGGGGGAAGUUGAACUAAGGCUGAUGGGUUAUGUUAACGUCAUUAAUCAGGAGCUGGGCAGGCUCCCAAAGGGGCCUGUCUUCGCCGAGAGAUUCGCUUCCGAUGUUGAUCAGUCACUAAUCGAGCAGUCGUUCUACUCCUUCACGGCCAAGCAAGUCUAUAAGAGCUAUCCCCUGGGUGACCGGCUCAAGUUCGUCUUUGGAAUCAUUAAUACACUCGUCCUUGCUCGGAAUGCCUUCGUGCAAAGGAUGGGGACUGGCCCAGCACCUGCAUGUGGAGGUCUCGGACAGGUUGUGAACCUUACCCGCUUGCUCCUACUAGAUUGUACUUACACGCUCGUUGACGGAUCUAAAUACGGAUUCCUGGGUGACGAAAUGGACAGAAAGGCUCCCGCCAGCGAGGCAUCCUCAGACGACAACAUCCUUACACCAUCAACCUCGCAAUCGGUCGAUGUUGCAGAGACGCAAGAGCCUGUACAAGAACCCAUCCCAGCCCGCUCAAUCCGGCCUGUCGUCCCGGAGAGCAGGCAGUCGCUUCAUCCUUGUCUCGUGCAGGGAUCGACGCACGCCAGGUUCCUCGCAAGCUCUACCAGUGCUCCGACGCCGGUCAUCAAAGAAGACGGAACUGACUCCGUUGCAGCGAAGGAGGAUGUUCUGGGCAAAUAUAAGGAAAGAUGCAACGUCAUGUCGAGCAGGAUUGAGCGCCUCGAAAAGGAAAACCGUCAACUGCAGACACGCUUUGUUACCAAACAAACACUGAAGGCACGCACGACAUUGUCCCUUCAGGACAAGCAGAAGGAGCUCUGCAGGUUCAAAGAAGCAUUUUCGAAGAUUUGGCAAGCCCACCGACGCCAGCUGAACAGUGGUUUGGAGGCCAAUGGUAUGGAGGGCCUCUCGUGGGGGGCAGAUGAUGCAGGGAUUUAUCUUGACAGCUUGGAUCUCGGAACGGACUCUUGA